ACUCUUGACACUGCUGCUUAGCAACAAACAUUAGCCAGCUAGCCUAUUUAGCCUGGUUAGCUACUCUCAUUGCGCACGCAGUUAGCUGGAACGAAGGCUCGCGAAUAGAUAGAUAGCAAUGCGUUGUCUUCCCGCAAAUGUCACGGAUUGUAUUUAGUUGUAGACGUUGAUUAAACGUUACCUGAACGCUACGUCUCUGUAGUCAUAAGAUAGAUAUAAGAUAGAUAAGCAGAAGGUUAUUUUCUCCUUUAGUGGCUAACCUAAGCUAGGUAACCUUAGUCAGUAGCACAUACCACAGAGAAGAGCGGAGGAAGGCUGGAGAUAUGUGAUUGCGGGUUAAGUGUCUGGUUAGCUCAUCUAAUGUUGGCGGACACCGGAUGAGUUGGAAAGUGGUUCUAAAGGGUCUGAUUGAAAAUUAAAGCUUUUCAUUGGUUUAUGUGUUUGUGUCACAUCACUGAAACUACCCAGGCAGUGGAAGUGAGUACAUCAGCCAGACGUCACCACCAUGUUGGAGGAGGACAUGGAAGUGGCCAUCAAGGUGGUCGUGGUCGGCAACGGGGCUGUUGGCAAGUCCAGUAUGAUCCAACGGUACUGCAAGGGCGUCUUCACCAAGGACUACAAGAAGACCAUCGGAGUGGACUUCCUGGAAAGGCAGAUCAUCGUUAAUGACGAAGAGGUCCGACUAAUGCUGUGGGACACCGCCGGGCAGGAGGAGUUUGACGCUAUUACUAAGGCCUACUACCGUGGUGCCCAAGCGUGUGUGCUAGCCUUCUCCACCACGGACAGGGAGUCGUUUCAGGCCAUCGACAGCUGGAGGGAGAAGUUGGAGGCCGAGGUCGGAGAUAUUCCCACAGUUCUAGUGCAGAACAAAAUUGACCUCCUGGAAGAGACCGUUAUAAAAAACGAGGAGGCCGAAGCUUUGGCUAAAAGGCUCAAGCUGAGAUUUUACCGAGCUUCAGUCAAAGAGGACCUCAAUGUCAACGAGGUUUUUAAGUACUUAACUGAGAAGUAUCUCCAGCGACUCAAACAGCAAACGGCAGAAGAGACCGAGGUGCUGCAUACAACAAGCAAUAAAAUAGGUGUUUUUAAUACCACAAGUAGUAAUGUUUGCAACCAGAGCUCCAGCAACGGCAGAGAAAUCAUCACUUUGAGACCCAACAAACAAAGGACCAAGAAGAGUAAAAAUCCUUUUGGAAGCUGCAGCCUACUGUAGAUGAAACACAUCAUUUAGUUUUAGUGACUGGCCAUUGUUUCUAAGACUACAUGGGUCAUUGUUGUAUUUUUGUGGAGGUAGCCACAUUUAGAGACCAAAGCCCAAACAGUCUGGGAAACACUCCUCUCUACUACUUUAAUAACCUGAUGUUUAAUCUGUGUCCUGAGUCGUUUCCUCACAUUGACGGUUGAGUUUCCUUCGAUUCAGCCUUGGAUCUCCAUUAAUGAUCCGCGCACAAAACCCGUCCCUGUGGUUGCCUUAAGUAACAGCAACAGCAACAGCUGCAGCUGCAGUACAUGUAUGUGUUAGAUAUGACAUACAAUCCUCUCAUUGGAAUAUGUAACAGCAAAGGUUGCACUCUUGCUCUCUGUGCACAUGACAUUUGAACCGUGCAAUAUGUUUGCACGUAUUGUAGAAGAUACACGGCUAAUUGUGCACCAUAUUUUUUUUCCGUCAGCAUAAUGUGGUUCAAACUGUUUAUUGUGGACAAAACGGUAUCGAAUCCACAGCUAAUUCUCUGUGCAGAAGUAUUUUUGUACGAAUGGAAACAGUGUCGAGUGACAUAGUGCCAAAUUUCUUCUUUCUGGGCUGUAGUUAAAUAUUAACACUGCAGUGAUGUGGAUGUAACAUGAAAUUAACGGAUUGUGCUUUUUCCUGUAUAACCAAAUAUCAAUAAUUAUUGACACAAAAUAGUCCUCUACAUGUCUGCUUACACUCGAAUAAAUGAAUCGCAUUCUAAGAGUUCCACAAAGUUUUUUUGCCUUUGUGGUGUAAAACAUGAAUUGAAGUCCCCAUCAGUUAUCACACUAUGUUUUUGAUUGCAGUUGUUGACCUUUGACGUAUUCACCGUGCUUUUCUUUAACUCCAGUACAGCUUGGAGGAACUCAUUGGUAACCCUUGGAGUAAAUACGUUUCAGUAUCUAUGUAUCGGGAUGAAGAUUUUCACUAUAUUUGUAACAUUCUAAACACUAAACACGGUGCAAGGUUUUGUUUUUACGUCUCGGUUCGGCUCCUGUAGUCUCUAAUCGGUUUCUAUUUUGCAAACAUUCAUAUCCACAGUGUCUGUCCCUGCGGUGUGGAGCCCUGAGCUUGCGUGUGCCUGAUUAUGCAAGAAAACUCAUGAAAGUACUCUGAAAGAUCUCCCAGACGAAGGCUUAGUUCUCAACACAGUAUACUGCAUCAAGCCUUUUUACAAAUCUGUAGAGACGCCAGUUUACAGAGCGCAGAGAACGAUUUGACGUUUCCUUAUGAAUAGUUACAAUUCUAGGUAUUCUACAUGCAAUUACAAUAUGUAGGACAUCUGGGGAUACAUGUUUAUGCACGUUUUUGUAAUUUAUCUCCGAUCUCUCGUUAGAAACUUCUCCCAGAUUCAAAUGAACUUUAUUGUGAAAAUCCCAACAGGUGCUUGAAGUAUGUUCCAGUUAUACCAUUGGUACUAAGAUCGCACAUUUCAAGCUUUUUCAUUUGGUUGUCUGUAAACGGUGCUGUGUUGAAGAAAAGAAACAUUGUGGCAUAACUGUAAUGCAUGCAAGCCUUUUUUUUUUUUUUUUUUUUUUUUUUUUUUUUUCCCCCACAUCAGUGAACGUUGAACCUGGGCCGCGAUGCCUCAAUGCCCUGUCGUUUACGUUCUUCCCCCCCCCCCACCACCAGUAAGCUUUUUAAUCCCUACUCUUGCUGUUUGCUUUCAAAUUGCCUGCACCGUAAAUCUGUAAAUGCAUGUAAUUAUUUCCCAAGCUCCUCUAAUUUGCAACAUUGUGUUUAAUUUGCCUUUUUUUGCAUUUUUUGCCUGACUGGAUUUAGCACACGUUCAUCAUGAAGAUGGCAUCUAAUCGUAAAGACUAACCAUACCUAUGUGCUGUAAUGAUCUUUGUGUCUUACUGUUACUCUACUUUUUCACUCCUCAAUUUCACACAUUUAAAUAAGACCAACCAACAUAUGAGUCCUUACAGACUGACAAAAACAACCCUCAUUGUUGGAUUUUUUGUUUUAAACAGUAAAACAGGUAUCACUAUGUUGAGUGUGCCACACAAAUGUGCUUCUGAUGUUAUGUUUGGGGGGGCCC